AUGUUUUUAGUGUAUGCGACGAACGAAGAAGCAGAAAAAGAUAAAAACAAAUUUAUUUUCAAUUGUUAUCAAAGAGCUCAUCAGAAUACUCUUGAAACUUACCCACAGUUUUUAUUUUUAUUGACUUUUAGUCGUGUGGCUUAUGCAAAAGGUUAUCAAACAGGUGAUCCAGUAAAAAGAGGCAGAGGUAGAUUUGGUACAAUAGGAUUACUUGGUCUAUUAGUCACAUGUAUUUUAACUGGUUCUGAAGAUGAUGAUUAUAUUGAUAUAGAAAAGCUUACACCGCCUAAAAAAUCUGAUUCAUUAAAUCUUCAAGUUAAGAGUAAAGGAGGAGGAUCAAAUAUCGCAGUUGGAUAUAUCAUUGGGUAA